AUGGGACAGCGACGAACUAUCAAGGUGAAGAAAAGCAAAAAGUCAGAAAUCUUGGUGCCCCCCAAGCCUUUACCAGUGACGCUCUUGUCUGGCUUUCUGGGUUCGGGCAAGACAACACUCCUACAGCACAUUUUACGAAGCGACCAUGGACUUCGUAUAGCUGUUGUUGUGAAUGAUAUUGGAGCUAUCAAUGUCGAUGCAUCUCUUAUAAAAAAGACACAUCAACUUACAAAGACCAAUGAAAAGGUCAUUGCGUUGCAGAAUGGAUGCAUCUGCUGUACUUUGAGAGGAGAUUUGCUAGAGGAACUUGUGCGCAUUUCUCAGCUUCAGCAGUUUGACUACAUCAUCAUCGAAAGCAGUGGUAUCAGCGAGCCGGAGCAGGUAGCUGAGACUUUUGAUUCUCGUCUUGCAGAGCAGAUGAGCCUCUUGACUGAAGGCGAAGGCGCUGCUGCUCUUGAUGAAGACAUGAUUAAGGUUUUGAACAAACUGAAGAAAGCUGGAGGGCUGGAAAAAUUUGCCCGAUUGGAUACGACCGUGACGGUCAUUGAUGCUUUUACGAUGCUAAACGACUUUGAUACGGCGGAUAUACUGUCUAGUCGAAGGGAUGAUGUUACUCCUGAAGACGAAAGAACUGUGUCGGACCUUAUGGUUGAUCAGAUUGAGUUUGCUGAUGUGAUUAUCUUGAAUAAGAUCGAUAUGAUCAACGACGAGACAAAAGCUCAAGUGCUUAACAUUGUUAAGCAGCUGAACCACCGUGCCAAGAUUCUCGAGUCUAAAUAUAGCAAAGUGGACGUCAAAGAGCUGGUCAACACAGGCCUCUUUAAUCUUCAAAUUGCGCAAACUGGCUAUGGAUGGCUGCAGGAUUUGCAUGCAAUGACUGUGCGCGAGGUGAAUGGCCGCAAUGUGGUGACUCCUAAGCCGGAGACGGAGGAGUAUAAUGUACAGAGUUUCAUCUAUUCACGUUAUCGACCUUUUCAUCCAAGACGGCUUUAUGCGCUGUUGUAUGAUAAGUUCAUCUUGCAGAUGGAGCAUCCUGAGGAUGACGACGAUGAAGAUGAAGAGGAGGAAGAGGAAGAGGAAGAUGAAGACGAAAGACAAUCCGACACCGAGGAUGCUGAAAUGGUUGACUAUGUCAAUGAUAUGGACGUCGAUCCCUUGAUGAUGCCCUCAAACGAAAUAAUUCUCGCUAAUAAACGAGCCCACCCAACCCUUGCACGGCUCUUCCGCUCUAAAGGAGAAUUCUUCCUGGCCACACGGCCUCAUCGCGCUGGCGAAUGGUCCCAAGCCGGCGCCAUGCUCACUCUCACGGGCGGACGGUCGUGGUUCUGCACUUUGCCAGAAGAGGAUUAUACAACAGGAAGCCCCGAUGUAGAUGCUCUAGUGAAGCAUGACAUUGCCAAGGGCGGGGAGUGGGGAGACAGGAGACAGGAGCUUGUCUUUAUCGGAGAGGGACUAGACCAUGACGGGUUGGAGGAGAUGCUUGAUGCAUGUCUACUUACGGAUGGGGAGUAUGAGGCGUGGAAGGGAGUAAUGAGGAAAGAUGGAAUAGAAGAGGAGGAGAGGAGAGAGAUGCUGGAGGGGCUGUUUGAAGAUGGAUUUCCGGACUGGAGUGGAGAUGGUGAAGAGGACGAGCACGAGGGACAUGACCAUUAGAAUGAUGGCGAUUACUUGUGCAUGUUAUGAUAGAUUCCUCAUAUCUGGAAUCAUUAGUAAAAAGUUAAAAAAGAGGUACUGCAUCAAAGUAGCUGAGUAGACAAUGAUGAUGAUUAAUCUU